AUGUUACCGUCACAAGCUUAUUAUGACAUUUGGAUCCGAACGUUGACUGCGCAUGAUUAUAUAUGGGAAUACCAUUACUACUAUGGCUGGGCUAUGGGGAUUUUCUGGGCUGUGGUCAUCGCUGCUGGAAUUGUGAGCCGCAUACUGACACGACUGUCCACCUCAAAUGGCCGUCGAAGCCUGUGGCUCAAACGUAAUGUCCUUCUUCCAGCAACAUUUGGCCAGCGUUGCGUUCAAGACUUUGGUGGUUUUGGCACUCUCCCUCCACGCAUACAAACAUUGACUUUGUCCUUGUUCGUGAUGCUUAAUAUUAUCUGCUCGAUUCACGGAUAUAGUAUAUUCGAGGGCUAUGGCUAUUAUCCUUCUGUAUGGCUACAGAUCCUUCGACACGUCUCCGAUAGAACAGGCAUUAUCUCGUUUGCUAACUUCCCUCUUAUUUGGCUGUUUGGCAUGCGGAACAACAUCGUUAUAUGGCUAACAGGGUGGGACUUUAAAACCUACAACAACUUCCAUCGCUGGGUUGGCCGAAUAGCUACUGUCCAAGCUGUCAUACAUUCCGUUGGAUACAUCAUUAUCAUUUUUCAGAGGGGCGGUUGGGAGUAUUUUUGGAACAUCUCAAACCUGACAUUCUGGUGGACCGGUGAGCUGGCCACUAUUUUCAUCUGUUUGCUUGUCGGCCUGUCAUUCUUUUGGGUACGACGAAGACAAUAUGAGUUUUUUCUUGUCUCGCAUAUUGUGCUAUCAGUCUUGGUCCUUGUGACAAUGCUUGGGCACGUGUCCAUCUUCAGAGGCGCCUAUGAUCCCCUGGUAUGGAUUCCAGCACUUAUCUGGAUGCUAGAUCGAAUUAUUCGUGCAGCCAGAGUUAUUGCCUUUAACCCAAAGUUCUGGGAAACAAGUGCUCUGAUCACUUAUAAUGAGGAUGCGCACAUGAUCAGAGUCGUCGUUCCUGUGUCUUCAAGCUUCUACAAAAUCGAGCCCGGUACAUUCUACUACCUCACGGUACUUGAUAGAUGGAACUUCUGGGAGAGCCACCCCUUCACAGUUGCGUCAGUAUCAGAACCUGAAUCAUACUCUCUAUCAGACCGUGCACCAUUGCUGGGUCACAUAUCUUACACACCAGAUGAGAUGGGGCUGGAGUACGAAAAGUCUCAACGAGAGAUGACAUUCCUUAUUCGCCCUUACGAUAGCUUCACUUCUCGGUUAAAGCAGUAUACUGAGAAGGAGCAGCCGAAACCAGCCAAAGUUCGAGUGAUGAUAGACGGCCCAUAUGGAAAGACCCUGCCUUUGGAACAGUUUGACAAAAUUCUCUUUAUUGUUGGAGGCAGCGGUAUUGCUGUCCCGCUCUCGUACCUCGACAAACUUACAUCCUCAGCCAAAAUGGUCGAAAUUCACUGGGCAGUACGACAAUCUGCUCUGGCUGAGGAUGUUCUCGAUCAUGAGUUGAGUGAUGUGCUUGACUACAUACAAGUGAGGGUUAGUAUCUAUGUUACUGGGACAAGCAGUGCGAGAUAUGACGGCGCGACUGCUUGUCACAUUGCUGAGUGGAGAGACGGAAGACUGAAUGUCGAAGAAAUAAUCGACAAUGCUUUAGACAGUGGAGAUGGGGGCAGUCUUGCAGUAGUCACGAGUGGUCCUGCCAAGAUGGCAGAUGAGAGUAGAAGCAUUGUGGCAGCAAGGACUGUUCAGUCUAUGCCUCGGAUAGAAUACUUUGAAGAGAGUUUUCAGUGGUAG